AUGGGUUUAUGGCCCAGUGAUCUGCUACUUUCAUUCCUUUUUGAUGGAUUUGUGGUGUACGUAUCACCCGUCACUAUGGGUUUAACAGCGUUUGACAGGUAUAUGAGGAUUUGUAAGUCUGAGCAGCAAUACAAAAAAUUUUUUUCACCGAGGAAGUCACGAACCUGGAUGGCAUGUGCAUGGUUCUUCAUUGCUUGCUACAGUGUAGUUCCUAAGUUAGCUGGUCUCCAAGAUUAUGAGUUCGUUCCAGGAUAUGCCACUUGCGCUGUAGCUCAUCUCAGUGAAAGUGGAAAAAUCAUUCACUAUACCAUUGUCCUCAGUUUGUUCUUCUUAACAUCGUUAAUAACAACAAUAUUCAGCUACAUAAAGGUUGCAAAGAUGAUUCGACAGCACAAUGCCGCUAUGUCAUCUACGAUUCACAGGGCCGCAACAGGCUCAAGCAUCACCGUGCAAGAACUGAAGCUGAGUAAGUCUCUCUUUGUGGUUGUGUUCUCGUUCAUGAUAUGCUGGAUUCCAUUUUGGGUGAUCGUUGUUGUAAGGGGCUUCCAUGUCGUUGAGAAGAUGCCACGAAAUAUUGAACUCCUUACUAGUUUCUUUAUUUAUCUGUCAAAUACAAUAAAUCCUUUUAUAUACGCAGGAAUGAAUCCUAUCUUUAAAAGUGAAUUCAAAAAAAUGUUUUGC